AUGCAGCCUUAUAUUUCUCAUAUUGUUGACGUUGAACCUGACGGUCACUGUGGAUUUAGGGCGAUAGCCGCACUAAUCGGAUAUGGUGAAGAAGGUUGGAUUCAAGUACGAUAUGAUCUUAUGGAGGAGAUUCAACAAAAUAAGCGUCAAUAUGAUCAACUUUAUCCAGAUCGGGAAAUGGCAGAUAAUCUAUUAGUUUUAUUAAAAUAUUUCGAGCAACCGGCACCUGAGAGGUAUUGGAUGGACUGUAUGACUUUAGGAAUUGUCAUCGCAUCAAGGUACAACCUUGUACUACAUACAUUUGGUGAGAAUAAUUGUAGUUGUUUUACUCACUUACCAUUAAGGUCUCCUCCAGUUCCAGACCUAGAGCGCCGAGAAAUAGCUAUCGCCCUUGUUGGCCAACACUUUGUGCAAGUUUUUUUACACCCUCAUUAUCCUGUACCACCCUUUCCAAUGUGGUGGUGUAAUCAUUCAUCUGACGAAGCUAAAGGAUGGGCAACUAGUUAUAUAACACGUGCUAAUUUGUGGUACGAAAUAACGGGUACAGGACCUAACGGCGGUGCUGAAUUUGGAGGAAAUAUCGAUUAG